AUGUCUGGCAAAUACUCUGGUUUGCAGGCACGAAUAAGAAGACAUAAGGCUUUAGCGACUAAUGGACAACAACCUACAACAGAAGAUGAAAAUACGCCACAAAAAAGAGUAGACAAGAUUUUUGAUCAGAUGGAUAAAAAUCAUGACGACAGAUUAACUUUGGAAGAGUUCCGGGAAGGAAGCAAAGCCGAUCCUCGUAUUGUUCAGGCGCUGUCUCUUGGAGGUGAAUAG